AAGGCCUGAACCAAUAUGGAUGUUAUACCUUGCAUCAGAAGUAUAGCACCAACACCUAAUUAGCUCUCUCCUGAGCCCAAAGUCACUGAGCCCAACUCUCCCUUCAUGAUGCAGUGUGUGGUUUGAGAUAAAUGAUAUAACAUUAAGCUCAAGGUGGUUGAGUCUCAAGCAGUAGGGAGGCGGAAGCAAGCCAAGGGAGCUCCGUGCCCACUGAUCCCACGGGACUCACUGAAGACACCGGAACUGUACUUGCAGUGUUGGGUUUUAAUGCACUCUGUAUUGUGGCUAUUUGUUUAACUCCUGAAGUGUAGACUGUGGGGAGGCCGAAGAACAAGGGGUGGGUAGGAACACAGAAAUGUAAAGUAGUGGGGAUAGAACUGAGGCAAUCAAAUAAUGACAAAAUAGUUUUGUGUUAAGGGAGUUUUGUGUUAGAUUUUAUAUCUGGGGAAUAACAAUCAGAAAUGGGUAUAACAGCAGUAUUGCAUGCAGUUUUAUAUCUUUAUAUACAAUAUAUAUAUAUUUGUCUCUCCUCAGCUAUCUCGCAUUCUCAGUUUGAUGAGUUUGUGAGUACGAUUUUAAAUGAAUCACACUUUGAUUUUGAGUCAAGUAUUGGACCCAAGGAAUGUUAAAUAUACUAGUCAGAAUCUUACAUGUUUUGAUUAUGGUUAACUACAUAGUUACAGGUAUAGUUUAGUGAGGACUAGUAGGUAGGCAGUCCCAUUUGUGGGAUCCUACCUCCCCCUAAUAUUUUUUCUUCCAUUAUUUCAAUGGCCAUAUGGUCUUUUUUUCUCCCCCCUUCGUGUGUGUGUUACAGCACCCGGAUAGCAAGAUGAUGCAGAUUAACCUGACAGGCUUCCUGAAUGGUAAGAAUGCCCGGGAGUUCAUGAAGGACUUGUGGCCCCUGCUGCUGAGUGCCCAGGAGAACAUUGCUGGCAUCCCCUCUGCUUUUCUGGAACAGAAGAAAGAGGAAAUUAAACAGAGACAGAUUGAACAGGAGAAGCUUGCUUCUUUGAAGAAGGUCGACGAGGAUAAGAAGGAUAAGGACAAGGACAUCAGAGAGAGGGCUCAGUCGAAGAGCCCAAGGAGGCGGAAGACAAGGUCGCCGUCACCAAGGCGAAGGUCGCCAGUGAAGCGGGAGCGAAAACGCAGUGCCUCACGCUCACCAAGACGCAAACCAAGUCCAGCCGGUGGCAGUUCACCCCCACCUCCUUUGAUGCAGUUGCCCACGAAACCUUUGGAGCAACUUGUAGAGCCAGAGAUAUCAGGAAGAGCCCUGCCAGAACCCGUCAUCCAAGAAAUGUCUUCUGCCUGUGACACAGUUGUUGAGGUGGUGAAAGCGGACUCCGUGAUUGAAGUCAAGGAACCUUCACCAGAGGCAAUUCAAAAGAAAGAGGAAAGGCCCAGGUCUCGGGAAAGGGAGAAGGACAACAGGAGGGAACGGCCUCACCACCGCUCUCGUUCUCAUUCCCGCUCUCGCAGGCGACGCUCCCGCUCCAGAUCUUACUCCCCUCGUAGAAGACAGAGUCCCAGGAGGAGAAUGUCUCCUCGUCGUAGGAGCCCCCCCAGACGUGGCCCCACUGGCUCCAGACACAGACAUAGACGGUCCCCUGUCCGCAGCAGGAGGCGCUCUCGCUCUGCUUCGUCUUCCGGCAGCAGCUCCUCCGGCUCUCGUUCACCAAAAAAAGCAAUGAAGAGAAUAUCGAACACACCACCCCGAAAACAGGCCCAUCACCCUGACACCGCCAUCAGCCCUGCAGGGAAGGACAGACGGUCGCCAUCACCACGGGCCAGAAGGGGCAGAGGUUCUGCAUCACCAACCAGAUCAUCUGGUUUAAAGCGUAAACCAGGAGGAAGGGGUGAUUCUCCAUCGGAUAAUGCCAAGCCCAGACCAUCUGAAGGAUCUGAUUCAGACGAGGAUAAAAAUGAGAAAGGGGCAACAGCAGAUUCGGUGCAGCAGCGGCGUCAGUAUCGCAGACAGAACCGACAGUCGUCUUCAGAUACAGGGUCUUCCUCCUCAGAAGACGAGGGGCCCAAGAGGCCAACAGCAGGGCCAGGUGCCAGAAAUGGUGAGGUCAGGAGGAGACGUAGCCGAACCCCCUCCCCACGGAGGCGACACAGGGAUAUGUCUCCACGGAAAAGACGUUCUCCAUCUCCUGCACGCAGACGCCGCUCCCCAUCUCCCCCACGACGCCGCAGAUCUCCCUCUCCUCCUAGACGAAGGUCUCCUUCUCCACCUCCUCGUCGCCGUUCUCCAUCCCCCAGACGAUAUUCUCCCCCGAUCCAGCGUCGCUACAGCCCCUCACCUUUGCCGCCACAGAAGAGGAGGAUGUCCGGCUCUCCCCCAAAACGUUCCUCUCAAGUGGCCAAGCGACGCCCCUCCAGGUCUCCCAAGCGCAGAAGUCCUCCUCCUCAAAGGAGACGCACACCUCCAUGCUCCUCACCUCCACCCAGACACAGGAGGAGCCCCAUGUUGUCUUCUGUCAGGCCAAGCAGGGAUACGCGUUCGCCCGGUGUGUCAGCCAGCCGGCUCUCCCCGUCCCCCGCAAACCGCAGUCGCAACGUUAGAGGUUCCACCAGUCCUCAGGGACGCUUUGAAACCUCCGGUACGUCUCCAUCUAACCAGCGAAGACAGCAGUCCCCCUCACACAGUGGCAAACCCAUCCGCAGAGUGUCACGCACCCCAGAGCCACGCAACAACCAGAGGCCGUCUCCAAGUCCCCAGCCACUAAGGAGAGCAUCCUCCAGAUCCAGAUCGGUUUCUCCUCAACCAGCAGCUCAGAAACGUCCAGCACCUGCGUCUGCCACUCCCUCACCAUCUCGCUCAGCCAGUGGGUCUCCUCCACCAGCCAAAAAGGCCAGCAGUGGUUCCGGCAGUCAGUCUCCAAGCAAGAAUUCUGAUGUUGACGGCAGCGGAAAGAAAAAGAAGAAGAAGAAGGAAAAGAAACACAAGAAAGAGAAGAAACACAAGAAGCACAAGAAGCAUAAGAAGGAGAAGAGCGGUGGCAACGCAACUGCAGAUGGACAAGAAAACCAGGGCAUGGAGGAGGAUGGAGAGUCAAGAAAGGAAUCAGACAGUGAAGUAGAGGACAGCUUGGAUGACUUGGAGAAACACCUAAGGGAGAAAGCACUGCGCUCCAUGAGGAAGGCCCAAAUGUCUCCAUCACAGAUGUCCUGAAAACACGAGCCUUUCUAAUUUUUGAAUUUUCCACUCAGUCUUGAUGUUUGUCAUCAACCUGGUUCAGCUUUAGAAUGUACAAAUCGUUAAAUCUUUGUCUUUUGUUUUCUUUUUACUGGGUUGCUACAUUCUGAAGAGUGUGUUUCAUUAAGAGCUUGGUUUGUCAGUUAGUGUAUUAUCUAAACUGUAAAGAAGCUUGUGUUGUCCAUAAUUUUAAUUAAAUGUUGAGCAGGGAAACAGUUAGAGGGUUGAGUUGGGCAGGUUUAAAAUAUUUUCCACAACGUACAGUAGAUUCCUUUUGAGAAAUGAUUGCAUGUGCAGUGAUUGUCUCUAAUGUGCAUGAACCACUGACCUUAUGGAGUAUAGAGAAUAAACAACAUACUGUUACUUUGCCUUUUAUUAGUAGAAACGGUCACACAGCUGUGAGAACUGUUAAGAGGCUGUAACAGAAUGUCUUGUCCCAUAUUGUAACUGAAUAGAGGUGUUUGGCAUUGUUUAACCUGCUUUUUUCUGACUUUGAAAUGGUCUUGUUUCAAGACAAAUAAUCUGAUGUGAUACAAUUUGCUUUAAUUUUUUUCCAAAAGGAUUAAUAUGCAAUUUUAUGUUGACACCCCUUGCACCAAGCUAAUCUCCCUGGGACUGCUAUAUGAUUUGUAUUUAGUAUCCCUGGCUCUUGUCAUAUUGUCAUCCUUUCAGAAUUAAAACCUUUUUAUAGGAUG